AAUGACAAUCAAAAUGUGCACAAAACUCGUAAACAAUGCACUCAUUUGACAAAACAAUUACGAAAAACACAUACUUUUGAUGUGUUUAUAAAGUUUUGACAACUAUUUGACACCCAUUUGGUCACACAGUGAACAACACGACUGACUGUCGCUCGCAAUGCAAACCACAGACCUGUUAGUGACUGGCAGUGAGUGCGUGAACACCACGACUGGCGCUACGGAUAGUAAACCGCGUUAUAGUGAACCGCAAACGCAAAACACAAUGAACUAUAGCUUCACGUUUGACCAACACUUAGCAUCCAGCAAAUCCUCACCCACCAAGGUGAUUCAGGCUAAUAAAAAGUCCGUUACUAGUAAUACGAGUCAAACUAAUCCCGCACACAGUAAACGGACUAAAGGUCCGUUAAAUCAUAUCAAAGCACGUCUUAAUCUGAAUACCGGCGCCGAUAAACGCAUCGCCAAAUCGCAUGUCUUUAAGAGCACGUCCGUCAAUAGCACCGGUAGUGCGCCCAACCAGACAGCACCU